CCCCUUCCCUACCCCCUUAACUAGGAACUCGGCUCCACUAUCCGCGGCCUCGCUCCACGCCAUCAACCUCACAAGAGUGGGAACGGAAAAAGAGCUAGCUGACGCGGAAGUGUUUUACGCAUGGAAGAAGCAGCAGAGAAAUUAUAAUGGAGAAUACCACGUUUCCGGACAUGCAUCUGCAGAUGCCGAGAUCAUACAACGAUGUCAUCCUUAACAUUACUGAGACAACCACGCCGGACCCAUAUGUUAUCUUUGAUAAUGGGACAUAUUACAUGACCUUCACCGCUGGCGACCGCAUCGAGAUAUGGUCCGCCGAUUCCCUCUUCAACUUCGAAUCCCGCAGCCACAAGGUCACCAUCUGGCGCCCACCCCCUUCGACCCCUUACAGCGGGGACAUCUGGGCGCCCGAGCUGCACUCCCUCCAGGGGCGAUGGUACGUCUACUUCGCCGCCGACGACCCGCGCACUCUUCGCCCCAACCACAGCCACAGGAUGUACGUCCUCGAAGGCCCACCCUCUUCCGAAUCCCCUUUGCAACCAGAAAAGUGGACCUUCCACGGCCGCGUCGACGGCCUACCAGAAGACCAAUGGGCCAUCGACGGCACGGUAAUCCACCUCCACGGGCACGACUACUUCGUCUACUCGGGCUGGCCCCUUGGCGUCGUCGACACCGAGAGCAAGCAGGAACUCUUCAUCGCGCGCAUGACGACCCCCACGAGCUGCGUCCCGCACACGCAGCGCCCACCGACGCGCAUCUCGACGCCAAACUACCAGUGGGAGUACUCGGGGACCUCGGGCAUCAACGAGGGGCCGCAGUUGCUGGUUUCACCCGACGGCGGCCGCUGGGUCGGGCUCGUGUAUUCGUGCGCGGGGUCCUGGACGGCCGAGUACAAGAUGGCGGUGCUGGAGUAUGUGGGUGGCGAUCCGUGUGUGGAGGGGAGUUGGCGCAAGUGGCCUGAGCCGCUGCUCACGUGUAAGAGGGAUGGGAGGCCGCCGUAUGGGCCUGGUCAUGGCAAUUUUGUCUGUGUAGGGGGUGAGGAUCAAGGUAGAGAGGUUUGGGGUGUUUUUCAUGCUACGGAUGCGAGGACUGGGUGGGAGGGACGGAGGGCGAGGGUUAUGCGGGUGGGGUGGGGGCCUAAGGGACCGUAUAUGGGGAGGGGAGAGUGUGGGGUUGCUGUUGGGGAUGUGGAGGGGUUUUUGUAUGGUGGGAACCCUGGGGUAUGCUCGGUGCUGGACAUGCGCCCUCGUUGA